UACAACAUGCUUGUAACGAGCGCAAGUGGGCGCCAUAGUGUACUGAACCUAUAACUCCUUAUUUUUUCCGCUCUGUAGAGACCGCCCCAUGGUUCAGAAAAGUGAAACUGAAAGUGUUUGUUUAUAUGUUCCUAAAGUCUAUCGGCUAUCAAAGUAUGAAGCGUAAAUCACCCUUAACCAUCUAUAUGCUACUGUAAAAACAAAUGUUUCGGUUUUGAGCUCCUGAUAAGACGAAUUCUCUGGUUGAAUUUAAGCAUAAUGCGUUGCAGAACAGUGUGUUUUCUUUCUUUCUCUCUCUCUCUCUCUCUCUCUCUUCCCCCCUCUCCCUCUCUUCCCCCUCUCCCUCUCUCUUCCCCCUCUCCCUCUCUCUUCCCCCUCUCCCUCUCUCUUCCCCCUCUCCCUCUCUCUUCCCCCUCCCUCUCUCUUCCCCCUCUCCCUCUCUCUUCCCCCUCCCUCUCUCUUCCCCCUCCCCUCUUCCUCUUCCCCCUCCCCUCUUCCUCUUCCCCCUCCCCCUCUCCCCCCUCUCCCUCUCCCCCCCGCCACUUUCUCGUACAUAGCAACUUGUUAAUGUUUUACAGACCGCAAGAAAACGAUGGGCAGUAAACCAGGUAAACGUUUUGCUGGAUUGAAAAAUCAGGGAGCCACGUGUUAUCUGAACACAUUACUUCAGACAUGGUUUAUGACCCAGGAGGUUAAAGAAUGCAUUGUCAGCCGCGAAGAACAAGAUUCAUUAAUUUGCGAGUUGCGAUGUCUGUUUGAACGAUUAUCAGAUGGGAAUGAACUGUCCUUGAGCACAGAACAGUUGAUCUCCCAGUUGAAUUUGAAUGGAGGAGCUGCAAAGUUCGGUGGCCACAGGCAGGAACAACCUCCCGUGACGCCCAGUGUUGUAUCUCGGUGGAAUAUGACCGGAGUCCAACAGCAAAAAGUUCAAUAUCCGGUCUACAAACACGUUCCUCAAUCGUAAUAUGACCAGGAUUGCACCAUCCAUUGUUAACCAGAACAGUAAGCCCCCAACUCCUUUAUGCUUACCGCUGUCAGUGCACUUCCAGUCAGCCUGAACGGUCUGGAAGCCAUCUAUGGAAAAGUUUUGAUCAGUUUACAAACAGAGAGAUAUAGAGGAAUGUUUUCGCAGUCUGGUGAACAAGCUGAAUAGCAAAAUGGAUCAGGACCAUAAUAUUCUGAAGACAACAUACAUCAAAGUUGCUGGUGAACGCAGCAGGCCAAGCAGCAUCUAUAGGAAGAGGCGCAGUCGACGUUUCAGGCCGAGACCCUUCGUCAGGACUAACUGAAGGAAGAGAAAAGAGUCUUGAACAGUUUUUGAAGGAGGAAAAAAUGGAAGGUGACAACAAAUGUUAUUGUAACAUCUGUGAUAUGAAGACUGAAACAACAUCAAGAUACUAUUUUAAGCGCUUGCCACAAAUUCUUACGUUUCAACUGAAACGCUUUGAAUUCGAUUACAACUACAUGGCAUUUCAGAAAAUUACAGAUUGCAUUACUUUUCCACUUGUUUUGGAAUUUACAAGAUCUCAGGAUGUUCGUAAUGAAUGGUGUCGAAAAUUAACAGUGAACAGGAUGAAUAAUGUGGAUGUUGUGAAAGGCAAAGAAAUACCUGCUCAGCCACAAGAAGUGAAGCAGGAUCAUUCUGUGGACAUUACAGGAGGAAAUCCUGAGACCCCUCAAGGAGAAAAGGUAUGUUUGCAAUUUGGCACCACAGAGGAAGAUAUGGAAGUGGCCACUAUUAUGCUGAAAUCAAAUCAGACUCUGGUGACUGGUACAAUUUUAAUGAUGAAGAUGUUAAAAAGGUCCGAAACUGCUUACAUGCUGAUGUACAGACUGAUCGAUACAAACCCCAAAGCAGACUGCAAUGUCAAUGGAUGGAAAAUCACGGCAAUUAAUCCACUGACGACCAAUCACAGUGUCUGUGUGCUGACAGCUUCAGUUGGUAGAUACUCUGACCUGCUGCUCAAUCUUGCAGAGGUGAGGGUCGAUGACAGGAGACGGGAAGAUGCGAAGAUGAGGCGUGGCGGAGGCGAGAGGAGGACAAUGCAGAGACGAGGCAUGGUGGAGGCAAGCGGAGGCGAGAGGAGGAGGAGGAGCUGAAGGCGAGGCAUGGCGGAGUUGGGAGCAAGGGAAUUCUUGAUGUCUGAUUGAUUUACGUGUCAAGCCAAAUUGGAAGAUUUGGGUUCGGGCCCCAGAGCUAUCUGAGAGUGAGGAACAACCCGAUGUUUGGACAAUUUAAUUAAUGGUCUAGUUUCUUAUGGUCCAGGUGACAAACAUUGGACUGGCCACUUCUGAGUACAAUUCACCACAGUGCAAUAUCUUCUGGACGUCAUUUACAUAAAUGGUGAUAUCAUUAAUGUGCACAAUGCUUAUCUCUUCAUUAACAAUUGAAAUUUGUGCAAAAAAUGUGUAAUCCGCAACCUUUCUUUCUCUUUCACACUAAUAGUGAAGAAUUGAAAUAAUCUGUCCCAGUUUAGAGUAGAUCUUCAGUUAAGACGUCAUGAGAAUUGCGUUCUUCAGCGGAUGAUGCCCUUGUAUUUCUUAUUCAAAUGCAAGCACUUGUAAAAUCAGUUUUAAUGUGUAGAUUGACCAUGGCUAUCUCUGCCUCUCUGCCAGCUGGCAAGUUAUAGAAUCAAAGAGCAUGGAAACAGGGCUUUCAGCCCAUUAAAUCCGUUCAGUUCUUCUGCCAGCCAUUUACAAAAACUCUUCACUAAUCUCAUUUUAUUUCCAUUAACUCAUCCGGAUUCUACAAAAUUCACCAAUAAACCCACACUCCUUAGGGAAGUAGGAUACCAAAACAGCCAAAGAAAGCCCAUGAGGUCACAGGGAGAAAGUGCAUCCUCCGUACAGACGGCAACCAGAGUUAAGGUUGAGUCCUGGUCUCCGGAGCUGUGAAGUGGCAGCAGCUCUACUGGCCACGCCAUUGUCUUGUCCAUAUCUUCAUAUUUUCACUGUCUCUAUAAUAAUAGACUCCUGUAUCGAGAUGCAGUGUGGAAUAGACCCUUCCGGCCUUUCAAGGCCCGCUGACGAGCAGCCCCUGAUUUAACCCUAGCGUAAUCAAAGGACAGUUUAUUUUGACCAAUUAGCCUACCACUGGUUGGCCUUUGGACUGUGGGAGGAAAUGGGAGCAUCCAGCGGAAACCCACAUGGUCACAGGGAGAACGUGCAAACUCCUUAUGGGCGGCAGCGGGAAUUGAACCCGGCUCGCCAGCACAGUAAAACGUUGUGCUAACUACUGCGCUACCGUGCCGCCCUGACUAUAUGUUGGGAAGACUGAAGCCACUGUCUUCAGGCUCCAUAACCCUCCAGUUUUCUGAACACCACUUUUCAUAGAAUCUGUCUAAAAAUGAACCAGAUGAUUAUAUAUCACUUGGUUCUUUGUUCACUUCAAAAUGAGUUUCUGGUAUGUUCUCAUCAUCUCUUUUUUUAGAAGACAAAAGAGACUGCAAGUACUGGAAUUUGGAACAUCCAGACAGAAUGCCGGCCGAAAACAGCGAAUCAAACCACCUAUGUGGAGAUAAAUGAUGCCUCCUAACUGCUGAGUACUUCCAGCCUCCUGUAUUCUUAGCACUGAACUUGAUUGGUGCUUUUCUUACAUUUGAAAGAAAGAUCGGUGCAUUUUAAAAAAAUUUAUUUUAUAUUACAUUCUGCCAAGCAAUGUGGGCACACUGUCUCUGGAAUUUGUGGUGACACUUGUGAGCUGCCCCUCCCCCCAGCACACCCUUGGGUGUGUUGGUUGUCAAUGUAAAUGAUGCGUUUAUAUACAUGUUUUGAUGUAUGCUUGAUAAAUAAAGUUAAAAUUUGAAUCUUUAAUCUUGGAUAUGGGCUUUACAGAUUAAGCCAGCAUUUAAUUGUCUAUCCCUAACUAUCUUUGGAAGGUGAACUGCCUUCUUGAAUCUUUGCAGUCCUUUUAAUGAAGUUAGCCACAGAGCUGCAGGAUUUUGAUUCAGUGGCAAUGAAGUGCGAGGUCAGGAUGGUGUGUAGCUGCUUUCCUAUGCUCUUGCUGCCCUUGUCUUUCAAGCUAGUAGAUGUUAUGGGUUUAGAUGUUUUGGUGAGUUGCUGCAAUGCAUCCUGGAGAUGAUACAAACUGCUUUGAUUGUGCACUAGCAGAGGAGUAGGUGAAUUAAUGUGGGGGGGGGGGUGCCUAUCAAGAGAGUUGUUAUAAUUCCUAUGCUAUGGAGCUUAAAAUGUUUAUGAAGCUGCACUCACCCGGGUAAGUAGAGAGUAUUCCAUCAUAGUCUUGGUAGACAGGCUUGGGAGAGUUAAAAGGUGAGUGACUUGUGGCAAGAAUUCUUUGCCCCUGCAACACUGUGAUCAUGCAGACAUGCUGUGUAUAUGUACAAUCUAGUUUCUGGUCAAUGGUAGAUCCCUCAGUAUAUUGAUUUUGGUGGGUUCAUCACUGAAAAUCAGGGAAUUGUAUGUGGGCUUUCUCACAUUGGAUAUCAUGACUGCUUAGCAUUUUGUGCUGCAAAUGUUACUUGCCACCUAUCAGCCUGACCCUGAACAUUGUCCAGGUUGCUGCAUUUGGAUGUAGAUAAUUUCAUUAUU